ACGUAGGUAACCAUUUUACACUCUCCUGGUUUUCUGAUCUUCGGAGAAAAUGUAUAACAACGGGAACGGUGGGGGAAAUAACGGGAAUAACGGAGGGAAUGGCUACAACGGAAAUGGAGGAGGCUGGGGAGGGAGAUCGAACGGUCCGCAGUGUUACAAGUGUGGGAAAUACUGCCACAUUGCGAGAGAAUGUUGGGCGAAGAGAGGCAGGCCGUCUCAGCAGGAUGACGAAGUACACUUGUUCGUUCGAGAUCUGAUGAAGGAGAGGGAGGAGAAACACAAACGUGAGGAAGAAGAAGAGAAACAACGGCUGAAGUUGGAAAAAGAGAAGAAGCGAGAAUUGGACCUGGCCACGAGGACCGAGGAGAUGAGGUUGCAACUACAGGCUGAGAUCGCCGAAAAAUGGAGGAAACAGCAAGAGGAGGCCGCUGAGAAGAUUAAGGCUGCUAGCGAAGCCACCGUCGGACAAAAAGGGCCCAAGAGUCCCGACUGUCCGAAGAUCUCUCGAAGGAGCAAGGGUAUCAAGAAAAGUAACGAGAAGAGAAACGAUUCAAAGGCUAGAAGACGAAAGAAGGAGAUCAAGCGACCGGUGGUCACUUCCUCUUCCGAAACAGACGAUGAUUCUGCGACGGAUAGCGAUCGCUCUUCUGACUCGGAUCGUGAAUUGCUCAAGAUGAUCAAGAGACUCCGAGAAUCGAAGAUGAAGAAUAAAAUCAAGAAACUGAAGGCCCAUGCAGUAAAUAUCAGCAAGAAGAAUCCGUCGAGCACUUGGGAGAAAGGUGAAUGCUCCAAGCGUUCCUCUUCGCCGGUGGCAACACCCGGGGAAGAAGCGGAGCCGAGGACACCCCUCACGAAAGGGUUUAAGGGGGUAGCGGCGGGCAGCUCCCAGGAAGGCAUGAUGGACUACACGUUGUCCGUUAUGAAGCAGCUUUCGGCGAAGAAGGUAUCCGAGUUGAAGGAGAUGUGCGAGAAACGGGGGAUCAAGCCUGCCAAGAAAGACGAGAUGGGCCUCCACGGCGAAUCCGUGGCUUCUGUGGAGAGACGAAUCGCUACGUGCACUGUUCUGUUAGGACUAGGCGGCGAGCUAAGUUGGCUGGGAAAGUACUUGGACAAGAUGGACGUACCGGAUGCUACCCUUGACCUGAAGACUCGCGGAACCUAUGUGAUCGUCAGCCCUUGGUCCAAACGGGUUUACGUUGGCUACACAGCUCAGCCGAUUCUGCAUAGAUGGAGGCAGCAUCUGGCAGCGACUAAUUCGAAAGCUUUGGGAAAAGCUCCGCAGUUGUACCGAUGGAUGAGACGGUUUGGAGUUGGCAACUUCGUGGUACUUCCUAUUCGACAUACCACGGAGGAAGAUGAUGCCGCCUUUGAAAAAUAUCUCAUUAGAGACUUGUCACCGAGCCUCAAUAUGGUAGGAGCCGGGGGAAAGGCGAGCAAGAGGGCGAGAAGACGGAGGGGACGACGAGAAAGGAAGGGGAGGUCUUCCCGGUCGCUCGGACAGACAGUGGUAAGGCUGAGAGCUGGUGGAGUCGGACGCACUUCGUUCUUGAAUUGGCUCGAAGAGAAGGCAAUCCUCAAGGAAGGAGAUAUCGAUAUCGAGUUCCACGCGGGUUGCUCCUGGAGUGAUGGAUGGUCAAACAUCGUGGCGAGUUUUGGUGAUUCGAUUGUGCUCUCCGAAGGAAAGAGGGUGUUGUUGAGAGACUGCAAGAUGGUUUUCCAAUCCGGAGCAGCAGUUAAGCUCGCGAAGAUCUGAAAAACUGCUACUACUACCGAGAGAAACAAGUUAAUGCUUCAGAGACUGCUCAGACAACCCCGAAUGGCGACCUCGCUCGUGCGUUACUCCUCAGGUAGGCUGGUGAGUCUGUACAGGACUGCCGGCCUGUUUGGCAAAAAGGAGACUCAGAAUAGAUUGAAGGUAAAGAUAGACCGAGCCGUUAGAAGGAAGACUGGGGUGAGUAUUAGGAGAAAGACGACGGUUAAGUUUCCCUACUGCAGUGCUAUUAAGAAGACUGAGGUUAGGAGGGCACCCGAGACUGUGAUUGAAUCCUAUGUGACUGACUCAGCGAUUGCCACUUUCGUU